AUGAAAGAACAAGACAAGCCCAAAAAGAUAAAUAUUCUAUCCGACAGCAUUUUACCAGAAUAUAAGACUGAGCCUAUUGCAAAAACUAAAACUAAAUACUUUAAAGAAAUUGAUACAAGCUUUAACAUUUUAUUACAAACUUUUCCUUCAGAACGCAAUAUUAUCAUAGAAAAACCACAUACUGAAAAUUCGGAUGGUAAGGUAAGAAAUAUAGAUAAUAGUGCUUUUAAUAUUAACGUUCAUGGUGUUUUAAGUAGUGACGAUAAUGAGGAUAUUAGGGAUGUUGUGAGUUGUUCUGCAAAUAGCAGAGAGAAGACUAGCAGUAAAAAAAGGAAGAAAAAACGUCGUUUGAGAAAAACUGUCAAAAAGGAAAACGUCAAACCAGUUAAGAGACCAAGAAAAUCUCUAGAUAGUUCUACAACUACUGAGGAAGAUUGGAUUAGCACCCAUAGUGAUUCUGACAUAAUUGAAGCACUUAGUGAUGUCACAAAUUUUGAAAUAAGUAUGGAAGAGUCUACAAAUAUUGAUGAAUCUAUAAAUAUGGAAGAAUCUAUAAAUAUGGAUAAACAAAUAAUAAAAGAAGAUAUACAUCAAAUUGACAAGAAUUCAAAGAAAAAAGAGUAUUAG